AUGUGGGUGUCGCUCAAGCUCGUGCUCCUCGCCCAUCCCGCCGCCGCCGGCGACGUCGUCAAUGCGCGCCUAGACUGCUGGCUCGUGGAUCCCGCGGGUUUGGCCGCGCAGUCGGAGGCCAGGACGGUGUCUGCAGCCUUCCGGGGCCACCACGGCGUCGAGUCGGCGCCGCUCGUGCUGGCGCACAGGCGCGACCUGGAGAUCUCCAGCUACCUUGGGGCCGACGGCACCCUCACCGUGAAAUGCACCAUCACGGUGCUUCGGGAACAGCGCCCGAGAGUGGACGUGCCCGCGUCGCUUCCUGUGCCGGCCACAGACCUGGACCGGCACCUCAGGGAGCUCCUGCGGAGCGGGACGGGAUCCGACAUCGCGUUCGUCGUCUCCGGCAAAACGUUCCCCGCGCACAAGGUCGUGCUCGCCGCGAGGUCACCGCUCUUCAUGGCCGAGUUCUUCGGGGACGCGAGCGAGAAGAAGUGCGCGCGGCGCCUGGAGGUCCACGGCAUGGAGGCGGCGGAGUUCAAGGCCAUGCUGCACUUCAUCUACACAGACACGGCACCGGAGCUCGACCGACACGACGAUGAGGAGUCGGUGGCAUUGACCUGUAGCCUCCUCGCGGCCGCCGACAGGUAUGGGCUGGACAGGCUCAAGCUGAUCUGCUCGCAGAAGCUCUCUGCUAGCAUUUGCGUCGGGACGGUGGCCAGGAUUCUGGCUCUGGCGGACAUGAACAACUGCCCGCGGCUCAAGGCGACGUGCGUUGAGUUCAUCGUCGGAACGCCGGCGAUUCUUGGUGCCGUGUUGGCGACGGAGGGCUACAAGGACCUGGAGGCGAACUGCCCUUGGGUGCUGGCUGACAUUCUCAAGUCUGCAAGCGGGAGAAAAAAUUGA